AUGAAUUUUCGUUUCGGCUUGGUUGUGAUCUUCGUGAUCCUCAAAGUGAUUUCCGUUUGGUCCACUGAUAACGGCACUUGGAAGGAGAAAGUUCAACUGAAUUAUGGCGUCGCGACAAAUCCUUUUCUCCAAUCGCUCAACCCAAAUCCUUCCAAUAUUCAAAACAAUCCUUUCUUGUAUCCAUCAAACGGUAAAAAAAUUGAAAACUCAUUCUUGUCAAAUACCGUUACAACACAGGCAUCUAAUAUAGCCCUUCCUAAUAAUAACUAUAAUCCCUUUCCUAAUAGUAAUACGAAUCCUUUCCUAGCAAACUUUCCUAACUCUAAUAGAGAAAUAAUUAAUUCAAAGGUUGAUAUAAAAUCUUCUAAUUCACCAAGCCCUGUUUCGCAAACACCUUACACACCACUACCAUCCUAUCAUGCAUCAACAUUUGAUGUACCAGUAUUUAAUACACCAACACCAGUCACUGAUUUUACAUCUCAUACUCCUAAAAUUCAUCCUCCAACCUCACAUGUACCAUCCCUGAAGGAACUAUUACCCUUUAAGAUCACUCCAGUAAAAACAAUAUCAGAACUCAAGUGUGAAGAAUAUGUGGGAGAAAUUGCGGGUACGACCUUAGUAACGUCUCUUGGUUCAACGUCGGGCGUGCAUAAGGUGACUAAUACCUGCGAGGAUGCAAAUCGCUUAGUGGUUGGUGGUACCGAAGCACAAGUCGACGAGUUCCCUCACAUGGUUGCACUAGGCAAACGCAAUUCCGAUGAAUUUGUACUAAUGUGCGGCGGUACGCUGAUUUCACAUGUCUGGGUGAUUUCUGCUGCGCAUUGCACUCAUGGGAGAGAUGGCGGUGUAACUGACGCAAGAAUAGGCUUCCAUAGCUUAACAGAACAAAAAGGCAUUACGACUGUCAUUAAAGAUAUAAUAACUCAUCCGGAUUAUAAACCACCUGCGAUGUAUGCGGAUAUAGCUUUGAUACAGCUCAUGACUGUUAUUACAUUUAGCACAUCUGUACGACCAGCGUGUCUUUAUCAAUUAUUUGAUAUCAUGCCCAGACAAGCUUGGGUGAGCGGCUGGGGUGUUACUGAAUACAGUGGAGAGGUGAGCGAUCGAUUACAAAAGGCUAAGUUGAAUGUGGUAGACAAUUUGUCAUGUACAAUACAGCAUAAUAGUUCCUUGGAAGUUCCGUACGGUAUUACACCAAGUAUGAUUUGUGCUGGUGGCAAACUUAAGGACACUUGCCAAGGAGAUUCCGGUGGUCCUCUCCAAAUAGUUCAUCCUAAGAGCGAAUGCCUUUUCCAACUGAUUGGUAUCACUAGUUUUGGUCAAGGCUGCGCGAUUAUCGAUAUUCCCGGUGUUUACACUAGAGUAUCCUAUUAUCUUUCGUGGAUCGAAGAUAUAGUCUGGUCGCAAGGACAAUAAUCGCAAUUCAUUCGAUUUUUACAAAAGUUGAACAGUCUGCAAUUCUGACUAGAAUAUUGAAAAGUAAGAAUAAAGAAACUACGAGAUGUGGAUUUAG